AUGAUUUUCAUCCAUUACCAUGUCCAGCUACAGCACGAGAGAGAGGACAACCGAGUGAAGAGUGUGAGAAACACUCAAGAAGCCAAUAGGAGGCCGAGGCCGAGGCAGGAAGGCCGAAGAUCCUCAGGUCCUUCUGAUAGCCCAUGGAUUGAGCCUGAAAUCUGGAUCUUCCUGCAAGAGUGGGAAGUGGUGGAAUAUAAAAUGGGGAAGCCAGGCGAGAAAAUGUUCCAGAAGGCCAAGUCCCUUAGCAGGCGCCUCUCUAAGCGGCGUCUGAGGAAGAGCUGGAAGAGCUGUCUUGAUCUGAUGCUGCAGAUGAAGGACCUGCAUGAAACUCUCUGUCACGAGAGGGCAAGGCCUGACCCCUUGUUUUCUCCUUAUGCAUGGGACCUCUACAAGAUCUUGGGCCACAGGUCCCAGAGAGGCCAUUUCCCAGGUCCUUGGUGUGAUGGGCGUGGUUUCCUGCCUGCAGACCAAACUCCUUACCUCUGCAUUGGUGGGGCUGACUCUCCAGGUCUUUCCCCUAGCCCGUGGACAGACCUUGAAAUCAGGAUCUUCCUGCAGCAGUGGGAAGCAGUUGAACUCGGCCACCCAGGCCAGAAGAUGGAGAAGAAGACCAGCGCAGUUUUCCAGCGUCUCCAUCAGUUGGGCCUGAGCAAGACCUUCGAAAGCUGUCUGGACCUGAUGCUCAGCCUGCAGGAUCUGCACAGGACUCUCUGUAAUGAGAGACCAGGGACCAUCCCCUUGUUUUCUCCUUAUGCAGAAGCUCUCUACAGGAUCUUGGGCCACAAAUGUCAGGGAGGCCCUGUCCCAGGUGCUCUGUAUGGAUGGUCUGGGAACUCCCUGUCUUCCAUGGAACCUCAACAUCCAAUGGUGAUGCCAUCUCCAGUAUACCAGUCUUGGGAUGAUGACAUGUCUGCACCUUCUGCACAGCUCCAUGGGAACCCAUCCCCGAUGAUGUCCAGUCAGCAUUCAAUGUUUCCCAGCAAGGAAGCCUGGAAUGCUACCUAUCCAUUGACAGUUCCACAUGGACUUCCCGCCUCUCUCCCUGGAGACACCAACCUUCAGAUGCCAUGGUCAACUUGGGAUGACACCUCAAGUUCUCAGUGA